UCCUCCUCGUUCUGUAGCGCCUCCUCACCUCGUCGCUCCUCCUCACCUCGUCGCAGCAGCAGCAGCAGCAGCGGCGUGCGGCAGCGACGGCAGCCCGUGCGAGGCUCGCUACCUCCGCCGUUGCCGCUAUCCGCGCCGGGGCUGCUGCGCUGCGCAGGGAUGCUCAGGAUAUUCCCGGAGCACGGCUUGCACAGCCCGGCGGGAGAGCGGCAGCAGCAGCAGCAGGAGGAGGAGGAGAGGGGCCCGGACGACGCCGCGCCACGGCGGACAACGGUGGCGGAGGGGUCCUCCUCCUCCUCCUCUCAGGGCGUGAGAGUCGAGCCCGGAGGAGCCGUGGUGGUGGGGCCAGGGGGAGCCUCGUCGGGGUUGCCCUCCUACCAGCAGCGGCUGCAGGCGCUGCGCAAGGAGAAGUCUCGCGAUGCGGCUCGCUCGCGCCGCGGCAAGGAGAACCUGGAGUUCUACGAGCUGGGGAAGAUGCUGCCGCUCCCGGGCGCCAUCACGGGCCAGCUGGACAAAGCAUCGCUCGUGCGCCUCACCAUCAGCCACCUACGCAUGCGCGACUUCGCGGCGCACGGGGACCCCCCCUGGGAGCCGAGCCGCGAGUGUUCACCCCCCGGCACCGCCGCUAAAGGCAUGGGCAAUCAGCAUGGACAAAUCCCAAAAGAGCUUGCGACGGAGGUGUUUGAGGAGCACCUGGGCAGCCAGAUACUGCAGUCAUUGGACGGAUUUGUUUUCACGCUCAACUUUGACGGGAGGUUUCUGUACAUAUCUGAGACCGUCUCCAUCUACCUGGGCCUAUCUCAAGUGGAGAUGGCUGGCAGCAGCGCGUUUGAGUACGUGCACCCCGCGGACCGCGGGGAGCUUGCGGAGCAGCUGGGCAUGAAGCUGCCGUCUGGGCCCGGCACCCCCUCGCAGAGCGCCCUGGGGGCCGCGGAGGACGCGGCCAGCACGGCCUCCUCCUCCUCGCAGGCCGACGGCCUCGACCCAGAGCUGAGCAGUCCGCCUCUGAUAAAUGUGAGCGAAGGGUUGGAUCGCUCCUUCUUCAUCCGCAUGAAAUCCACGCUCACGAAGCGAGGCCUGCACGUCAAGUCGUCCGGCUACAAGGUGAUCCACGUGGUGGGGCGGCUCAGGGUUCGAGCGGCCUCCUCCUCGGCCGGCGGGACCUCGUUGGGGCUGGCGGGGGACGACGGUGGCGCCUCGGUCCAGCUCCUGGGCCUGGUGGCCCUGGCGCACGCUCUGCCGCCUCCCACCCUGAGCGAGAUUCGCAUCGACUGCCACAUGUUCGUGACGCGCGUCUCCCUCGAGCUGCGCAUCCUCUACUGCGAGAACAGAGUGAGCGACUAUCUAGACUUCGCCGCGGAGGAGCUGGUGGGGAAGAGCUGCUACCACUUCAUUCACCCGGGGGACGUGGAGGGCAUUCGGCUGAGCCACCUCGACUUGCUCAACAAGGGCCAGUGCGUGACGCGUUACGUACGCUGGCUGCAGAAGGGCGGCGGCUACGUGUGGGUGCAGUCGAGCGCCACCGUCAACAUCAACACCAAGAACGCCAACGAGAAGACCGUCAUCUGGAUCAGCUACAUCCUCAGUAACACGGAGCACAAGGACCUGCUGAUGGACCUGCAGCAGCUGCCGCACCGCGCGCGGCAGCCGUCCGAAUCGGCAGAGCCCUCCGAGUCCGACUCCGACUCCAAAGACAACUCAGACGAGCAUGAAUCCAUGCAUCCGCACAAGCGGCAGAGAAGACAGAGGGAGGAGGACGAGGAGUGGACGAGCCCCCUGUGCCGCAGCCGGUGCCUGGUGGACCCCAUCAUGACCCAGGGUGAGAGCAGCGGCGCCAGCAGCCAGGGAGAGGACAACGAAGAGGACGACGAUGACGAGAAGAACGGGAGAACUUUGGACGGCUCGGACCACGAGGUGGAGAACGGUCAUGCGGAUGGAUACGCGUUGGGCCUGAGCUCCUCCAGCAUCAAAGUGGAACAGCUCAGCAUGAAGUGCUCAGCCGGCGGGCCCGCAAGAGGCCUCCAUGACAAGAUGUGCUCAGGUCGCCUGAACGGAAACGACCGGAGCCACCCAGAGCAAUCUUCCGCAAAACCGCUCAAGCAGAGGAAACCCAAACGGCGCAAGAGCAAGCGCCUGCUGCAGCAGAUGCAGUGCAGCCCGGCGGAGUCGGUCGCUUACGCGUCGUCCCCCGGGCUCUCUUCCCCACACGGGCAGAUAAAGACCGAGAAGCCGGAGCACGUACAUUUCAUCGACGGCAGCGUUUGGGACAGCCCUCUGAACCGAGACAUGGCGAGGAACGACCUUCCGUACUGCAUCGUGAGCCCCUCGCCCGACGCCCAGCAGCACUUCUUGUCGGCGCAGACGAGCCUCCACGUGGCCAUCCCAGACUCGGUGCUCACCCCGCCGGGCCCGGACAGCGCCACCAGCCAGCGCUCCGCCUUCGUGGCGUCGCCGCAGCCCGGCGCCGCCUCCGUGACGCUGGCCGGCUCCGACCCGCUCUCCCCACCGCUCUCGGCCUCCCCGAGGGACGGCAAGCCGGGGCCGGCGCCGUCCAACGUCAGCCCCGCCGCCGCGUACGACGUAAGCCCCGCCACCACGUACGACAUGGAGAGCCUCGAGCUCCCCCAGGACGCCUCCUCCUCCGCCGCCGCCGCUGCCGCCGGCACCACGGCCGCGGCGGCCGCCGAGGGCCCCGGCGCACCGUCGCGGGGCGCGUACGCCGGCGGCACCAUCCGGUACGCGCCGGCCGACCCGACGCUGGGCGCCGUCGAGGAGGGCGAGGACUCGGACUCGCAGAGCGAUGGGCCGACGGGCGACCGGCUGCCCGACAUCGGCGAUGCCAACUACGGCGGCUUCGAGGCCAAGGCGUCGAUGGAGAUCCUGUACCAGCGCAUGCAGCAGAUCGGAGUGCCUACCUCCUUCCCGUCCGUGUCGCCCGGAGGCGGCGGGCAGCAGCACCUGCCGGCCGUGUUCGUGACAUCAGACGGUUACCUGGCGAACAUCCCGCUGCAGCUGUUCAGCAGUGGCGGUGCGCAGCAGUCGAAUGUGCUGGACGACGAGGAGGACUAGGGGAGGGGUGGGCGCGGAGCGGCGUACACGUGGCGGGAGUGUUUACAAGCUUUUUGUUAUGAGAGGGGCCCGUAUGCUGAAUACAGUCGAAGCAAAUAUAUUUUACUCUAAAUGAUGUGUUACAUGGCAGAGAAAUUUACGUCAAACUUUCCUGGUUAUUGCAUAGGUCCAUUAACAUGUGAAACGUUUAGAUGGCCAGUAUAUUUUCGAUAUGAGAUGAGUUUUAUGCUGUUUUAAAUGCCGGUGGCAAUUUUUAAAGGAAAUUCAACUCUAUAUAUAUAGUAUUUGUGUUCAAAAUGGCACUUAUAUUCCCACAGGUCAAAUUACCUAAUUACAAGCUCGUUAUCAUAUUUGUCCUCACUGUGUCAGAGGCCUUACACAUUCUCUGUGUUCAGGAAGUCCUACCUGGCUAUUGGUUCUCACGUUGGACCAGUUGCAGCGUUGCACAUUGACAGAAUCGAAUAGCGUUCGACGGCUGCACCCGAGUAAAUGCUCUUUGCACACGAACACCAACACGUCAGCCUGACACGCACGGCCGCAGUUCUGCGUCUGUUCGUCCAGACGCUCUGCAUCACAAGCAAAUGAAAUGCUGCUCAUAGGGCACACGUAAACCAAUCUCUGCGAUUGCCGCAUUGCAUUUCAAGCUGGGAGCAGCGGUGGAAGGGGGGGGGGGGUUGAACAGUUUUUGGUCCCGCUACCGUAUUCUCUCCUCCCGGCUCGGCAGGAGGGAUGUGCUGUGAGCUCAAGCCUGCCAAGAGACUGAUCCGAAAUCUCGAAAAUAUGCGGGGGUAUUCGCCCUCCCGAUGACGCACGGCGGACUGGCUUUUCACGAAGCCCUUUCUUCCCACGGCGGCUUGACAAACUAAACAACAAGAACAACAAAAACUAUUUCCCGGAACACCUCUGCAGCCACUGUGACUAAUACGCCCAUGUGCAAUGUGUGUGCCGUGUUACGGAGUCGCGGGAUCUAGCACAAGUCUGUCGCGUUAGCUUAUUGCCGUUUGAAUAUUUGUGUGUGCCCACUCUUUUUAUUGAACGUCGCGUCGCGCACCGCCGACGUGCGUCCGUGUCUCGUGUCACCUGCGUACCCUUACAGUGUUUACCAUGUCCGUGCUGUCCGCGCUGUCCGCUUAUAGCCGUCAUCUCAUCCUUGAGUUAAUUGCCGGUGGUUUUGUUACGAGAGCCGUUGAUGCGUCGAGUCUGUGUGCGUGUACACGAAAUCUCGCGGUAGAGAUUUGAUAAUUUCCACCGACUACUGUGUCUGGUUUUGUCUUUCCCGAGGUCGAGUUUCUGGUGUUGUUAAAGAGUACCAUGUACUUUGCUGACGACCACCGUUCCUUCAGAAGUAAGAUUGUGCAGACGACCAAGGUGGCAGGGCAAUGCGCACGCGACGCACACGGCAAAGCAUUCUCUUUAAGGGUUCCUCCAGAAAGUUGUGUAAAUAAAAACCCAGAGUGGGCAGGGGGAGAAGGAAGGGGUGGUGAGACAAUAAAAAUAUAUAUAUAUCAGAGGGGGGACGUUACACGUGAAGGCGCCCACGAUUAUAAUGAGAGCGUUAGUUUUCUUCAUCUGCGGAAAGAACCGUCCCGUUGGUGACAGAGAAGGGUUUGACAAUCAGCUUGCCAGAUGGUGUUCACGUAUUUUCCUUUCGCAACAAGCAAAUUAAUUUCUACUUGUGAAAAUUAAAUGCUACUCGUAUUGGGAAAGUCGCGCACGCACACAAGGCCAAUUUCAAACAAGGCCCAACAUGUCACACUUGUACAUUUUCAACGUGUACAAUUUUUCUGAGGCGCUAAAGAAGGGCCUAUUGCCGCAACGGGAAAUGUUAUUUCAUUUGUGUAAAAUCAACGCUGGAGGUCUCCUUUGUAGAGUGCUGAAAGAUUCAUCAUUGCAGGCCACCGCGGACGAUCAUCGCGCCGAACAGCGAGUGGCUGCUUCGUUACGCUAAUGGGUUGAGUCUCGAUCUGAAGAGGACAAAAAAACUGUUCGCGCCUCUUUGUUUACACUUUACUAUCCGUUAAGUUUUUUUCCGCAAGCCACUUAAUUUUACAGAUACAAAGGCGUUUGAACAAGGGGUAAUUUUAGUUUUUUUCAUUUGCUUUUAAAGGGUGAUGACUUGAUGUACCGUAAUUGUUUAUUGUUUGAAAGAUAAUGUGGUAGCUGGUAACGUUUUUUUAAUUUAUAACUGACUUCGUUGUGUUACAAUUGUACAUAAGUGGUUGGUUCAGUCGGACUGCUUUGUUUUAAGGUGCCACGUCUACACACAAUGUACAAAUCUUACUCAGUCAAACUGAGGCUAAUAUUCAUUCAGCUUGUUAGAGAGGGAACAAAAGAUGUACAUUUAUAAAUGUUUCUGGUUUUUGUAAGCACACUUAAAUUUAACAAUUGAGGUAACAUUUUCGUAAUUGUCUUUGUAUGGGUCUGUCUGCUGGCGAUCAGUAUUUUAAAAAACAACGACGAAAAACUAAAAAAAAAUGUGAAGUUAUUUUUAAGUGCAUGUAUGGAGUCUGUGUUCCGCAUGUCAGCAAAAAAAUGUGAAAUAAAAUAUUGUACAGACUGCGAA